ACUUCACGUUAUUAUUGUUGUUGGGUUUAUAUUUCAGUAUUUUUCAAGUAUUUUUGUAUGUGGAAAUCGUGGAAAUGAAUGUAAACUAAAUAUUUAUUGUACUGAAUAAUUAAAAUUUUGUUUACCACAGUAAAUAAGAUUCUCAAAAUGUUACUUAUUUUAAAAGCAGAACAUAAACGACAUUUAUUAUUUUUGACUCAGCAGAAUGUAAAAGUUUUACAGGAUUUUUGCAAAUUGGCUUUGGAUUAUCUGCAAAAUGGAUUGAACUUAAAAUAUUACAAUUCAGCUGCUCAAAAAUUAGCUGUAGAUCCAGAGAUUAUUAAGAAUUCAGUUCAUGGACUUGUUCAUUUUCUUCUUGAAAGUUGUAGAUACAAGCUAAACGUGAAUGACUUCCAAGACUCAGUUAUUGCUGUAGGCUUCACAGAAGAACAAGAAGCUUUAUUAAGUAAAUUGUAUGCACUUAAGAAAGCCGAUAUAUCAAAAGCUCUAGCUGUCAUCAAUUUUAAAUCGCCUCAGUAUCAAGAUAUGGAAUGGAGAUUUGAGGCACAGAUUGCGUCGCGAUCGUCAUUAAAUCAAGCAUUGCCUUUAGUAACAUGUGAUUUUUUUCUCAAAAGUUCUGAAAGUUCUAAAGAAGUUGAACACGUAUUUAUUCAAUUAGAUCCUACGAAUUUAAUGCAUUUGGUACAGGAAUUAGAGAAUGCUAUGCAAGAAGGACAUAGUCAGCAUAUUAAGUCCAUCACCCGAAGCAUAAAAUAAGUCUGUUUGAAAAUGUUAAAUCUGUAAUAUAGUUCUUUAAAUUUUCAAUUUAUAUUAAACUAUUUUGUAAAUA